CAAUUUUACAUACCAAGCAAACACCGAGCAAGAGACUCACCAAAACCAAACAUAUAUUGUGAUACUUUCCUUCUCAUUUGUUCCUCUGAUCUGUGGCGAUGGCGAGCAUGAAGGUUGGAUGCAUCGUUGCGAUGGUGUUCAUGGUCGUCGUGAGUGCACCCAUAGCACAUGCGAUCACGUGCGGGCAAGUUGCCGGUUCUGUGGGUCCAUGCAUCGGCUACCUCCAAAAAGGCGGAGCCCCGUCGGCGGGAUGUUGCAACGGAGUGAAGAGCCUGAACGCCGCCGCGAAGACCACCGCUGACCGCAGGGCCGCGUGCACCUGCCUGAAAUCCCUUUCCAAAAGCAUCAGCGGUAUCAACCUCGGCCUCGCCGCUUCACUCCCACGCAAAUGUGGCGUCAGCAUACCCUACACUAUCAGCCCCUCCACCAACUGCAAUACCAUCAACUUCUGAAAGAUGGAUGUGGUGAUAGGAAGAGAUGGCAAGGAGGGAAAUUUUUCAGUGGCAGAAUUUAUGAUAGUAACGUAGACAUAUAGGUAAUGAAAAAUAAAGGGUGGUCGACGAGGGCUCCACUUGUGCGAGUCUCUCUUGGUGUCGGUGUGUCCCUUAGUUGUUUCAGACUUUGGUCCACUUUUGUUGUGUCUUCUGAAAUUUGUCUCAGUUGGUUGUUGCAUGUAAUAAUGAUAUAUAAUAUAGUACUGAAAUUCCUUCCUACU